GUGUUGAAGUCUCAUUCCCGCAUACCAACCAUGAACCCUAAGCUUCUGAUAUGAGUUGACGGUAGGUUCAGACUUGGAGAAGUUAUAGGAUCUGGUUCAUACGCUGUUGUAUACUAUGCUAGGAACAUCAUCAACAAUAAUGCAGUUGCCAUCAAACUCGAAUCCAUCACUACCCAGCCAUCUUCUGUACAGUGAAAAUACAUGAUUCUGAAAUGACUUGAAGGUGGAGUUGGGAUCCCGCACGCUCUCUGGUUUGGUAGAGAGUCACAAUAUCAUGCUUUGGUUCUCAGCCUCCUCGGGCCAUUGCUGCAUGAUCUUUUCCUCACACAUGAUUGAAAGUUCAGCCUUCCUACUGUUGUAAAUCUAGGAAUCCAACUGAUCUCACAUCUUGAGUACAUCCACUUGCACAAUUAUGUUCACUGCAAUAUCAAACCGCAGAACGUCAUGGUGGGCCUUGGCCAUUGAAGCACACUGCAUUUAUAAUUGAUUUUGGUAUUGCAAAGGAAUACUGGGACACUGCCACCAGAGUCCAUAUUCCAUUUCAUCAGAAUCAAUGUCUCACUGGCACACCUGCCUUCGGUUCAAUAAAUAACUACUUAGGAGUUGACCCAGGUUGUUGUGACGACCUUGAAUUGCUUACAUAUAUGUUGAUCUAUCUAUUAUGCAGCUCCCUUCCUUGGUUGACAAGUGACCACGAGAAACUCUCCAGCUCCUCCAUACUUGAGCGCAAGGUCAACACCACUAUCAAAGUCUUAUGCAAUGGAAUUCCUGUCGAAUUUGCAAGUGUUCUCAUCUACACAUGCUCUCUUGUGUUCUCAGAAGACCCUGACUAUGAACAUCUUUGUUCAUUGCUU